AUGGAUAACGGAAAUAUUCCUUACGAGGUCCACUCUUCGGAAGAAUUAGGUCGAUUUCUUAUCGCGACGAGAGAUUUGUUUCCCGGUGAUGUAAUUUUAACUGAAUCGCCGAUAGUCUUCGGUCCUAAAGCCAUGCCGAAUCCUGAGGCUAACAUACCUUGCGUUGGUUGUUAUAAGCCAAUCUUUACAGAUAUUGGCGAACGAUGUUCAAGAUGCGGCUGGCCUGUGUGUUCUGGAAAUUGUCAAGGUCUUACUGAUCAUAGACAUCACGGCAUAGAGUGUCAGAUACUCAGCUCUAGACCCGAAUGUGUAUUGAAUAAUAUGACAGAUUACUACAGACACGAUGCUCUUUUGCCACUUCGCUGUGUUCUUCUGCAGAAGGUUGAUCCAGAGAAAUGGAACCAAGUUUUAGACAUGCAAUCCCAUAUGGAAAGUAGACUUCCAGGAUCUGAAGCUUAUGAGGAAGCAAACGAAUUUAUCGUUGAGUACCUUAUCAAACACUUCAUCGAUAAACUAGAUAAAGAAGUGAAACUAAAAUACCUGCCAGAGGUGUCUAAAGAGCUGUUGCAUAAGAUAUGUGGAAUUAUUGAUACGAACGCUCUAGAAAUACGUCUACCAGAUGGAUCUGAGCUUAAUGGGUUGUACGCUAAAACUAGCAUUUUGGAGCAUAGCUGCAUUCCUAACACCAAGCACACAUUUAACGUGAAACCUAAAAACAUAAACGACCUGUAUAACAUUUCUGUUAAAAUCGUAGUUCCAAUAGACAAAGGAGACCAUAUAGCGACAAUGUACAGUCACGCGCUAUGGGGCACCCAAGCGAGAAGACAGCAUUUAAAAGAUACAAAAUAUUUCUCAUGUAAAUGUACGAGAUGCAGUGAUCCAACUGAACUGGGCACUUAUUUAAGUGCGAUGAAAUGUAUGGGGGAUGGAAUAGAGCCCUGUGGUGGUAUUCACCUACCAGAAGACCCAUUAGAAGACGAAACAGAUUGGACUUGUAGUAAAUGUAAAGUAAGGGUUGCCAAUUCUCAAGUCAAUGCUAUCGUUGGUCAAAUGAGCGAAGACGUAGAUAAUGUUUUAAUGAUGGGCGGGGCUGUACCAAUGUUAGAAAAAAUUCUAUGCCGACUAUCGAUGUUUCUACAUUCAAAUCAUUAUCAUCUCUAUUCGAUACAACACUCGCUCGUCCAAUUAUAUGGACGGCAGCCGGGUUAUACAACCGAAGACUACUUAGAUAAGAAGAUCAAAAUAUGCAAUGAUCUUAUAUUUAUCACAAAAACCUUAGACCCUGGAAACGCUAGACUGAGUUUGUAUAAUGCCGUUUUGCAUCAUGAAUUGCACUCUGCUUUAUUUUUUAAAUCUAAGAAAGUAAAAAGCGACCGUUCUGUUAAUACGCCUUCCGAAAUGUUACCACUCUUAACGGAAGCUAAAGUCGCUAUUGAAACCGCUAUUAUUGUAUUAAAUGAUGACCUUGAUGAGGUAUCAGGUAAACAGCUACAUACAGUUAUCUCUGAAAGUAAAAAAGAUUUUGAUAGGUUUUGUAAAGAAAAAAAUGUAGUUCUUUAG